CUUAGAGGUCAGUAGCUGUUUAUAUGGUCCUGCUAAACCAAAGCUCAGAAAAUAGUCUUAUAAACGCACUCCAGGGUCAAACCAUCCGUAUGCUAUCAUAGGGCACUGUGUGGACUUGGUCACCAUGGGCUAUUCAAUAAAGUUUAUUGCAAUCGCCAGCCUGCAGCCAGUGACCCAGACUGAUGACGUCGCGGCCGCGCGUGCUGUUGUUUAUCCAGCGUAUGAUUAGUUUUGGUUCGCCCAAGCUUUAUUGAUAAGUGACAGCGCGGACAGCACGGUCCCUGUGUGUCUUGCCAGUGCAGCCAUGCAUGAGUCCGGGAAGUGCCGCAGCCCGCCGCCUCGCUGCGCUGUGUGAGCGGCUCUCCGGGCACUGUGUGCGUGUUCCUGCCAUGAUAGCCGCUCCGUGUUGGCCGGGGGCCGGGGAGUGACAGAGGCCGAGUCCAGCCCGUUCCCCGCCUGGUGAUCGAUCUCCCCGGUGGCGGCAGGAUGUCGGUGUGCAUGCGGCGGCUCAUCACCAACACCCGGGGCUUCCUGUGGUCGGACAUGGAGACCCGCGCCCUGCUGGAUAUCUGGGGGGAGGCGGACGUGCAGUCAGCCCUGGACGGUAAUUUCCGUAACAGCCAUGUGUACCGGGACGUGGCGGCCCGCCUGGGGGAGCUGGGCUUCGAGCGCACCCCGGAGCAGUGCCGGAUUCGCAUUAAAGGCCUGAAGCGGCAGUAUUACCAGGCCCGGGAGGGCUUCAAGAAGAACGGGCACGCCCGCAAGAUCUGCCGCUACUACGACGAGAUGGACCGGAUCCUGUGUGCACGGCCUGCACCGGCUAGCAGCGGGGAACCGGCCCUGCCAGAGACAGCCGGCAUGAUACUGCUGCACCCAGAGCCCCCCUGCAGGGAAGACCUGCCCGGAGACCGCAGGGAGAGGGAAGAGGAGGAGGAGAUGGAAGAUGAGGAGGAAGCAUCAGGAGGAGGACCAGAGUCAUCUCAAGAUAACUUCACUGAGGACUCCGGGGAGGGCUCCUCCUGUUACACAGAGCACCCCAUCAAAGUGGAAGAUGGAACCAGCUUUGCCAUCCCUCUGCCACCCAACGAAGGGUAUAAACACAUUAAUGCCAAGACAAAUCCACUGCAAAAUCCACAACUUAAAAAAUCCAAGAAACGGCACUGCAAUGUGACAUUAGACAAAAUGAUGGAGCGUUUCCUGCAGCAGAGUGUGGAUGCAGAGGAGAAGUUUUACAAGUAUGAGGAGCAGCGACUGCAGAUUGAGGAUAAGCGUCGGGAAGCAGAGCACACUCGAGAACUUCAGAUGUUGCAGAUGCUGGCACAAAUGCUCAACGGGAUUUCUUCUGCUUCUCAGCUGGCUGCGCCUAGCCGUGCAAGCCCCCCUCACAGAGCAAAUCUUCGACCAUAUACAGAACCAGUGCACUUUAAUUCUACUACAUCUACUUUUCCCUCUCCUAUAGUUUUAGAGAGAUCAUUCUCUCUGCGCCCCACACGCCCUGCAAAGGAUAUGGAGAACAUUUUUCAACUGGUAAGAAAUGUUAUUCCACCUCUUGCCCCCAAAAAGCACAAAGGACAGGAUGGCAAGAUAGGCAUCAUCGGAGGCUGUCAAGAGUACACUGGGGCACCGUACUUUGCAGCUAUUUCUGCUCUGAAAGUGGGUGCUGAUUUAUCCCAUGUAUUUUGUACCAAAGAUGCUGCAACCGUGAUAAAGUCGUACAGUCCAGAGCUUAUCGUACAUCCCGUUCUUGACCAGCCAAACGCUGUGCUUGAGAUUGAAAAAUGGCUCCCACGACUACACACAAUUGUAGUAGGACCAGGGUUGGGGAGAGCUGAUUCCAUUCUGGAAAAUGCUAAGAGCGUUAUUGAAAAAGCAAAAUCAAAAGGCAUUCCUAUUGUGAUUGAUGCCGAUGGACUUUGGCUUGUUGCCCAGGAACCUUCAAUUAUUCAAGGUUACCAACGAGCUGUGCUCACCCCAAAUUUUAUGGAGUUCAGCAGGCUUUAUGAAGCUAUGCUCACAGAGCCUGUGGAUAGCAGUGACCAUCAUGGAAGUGUUUUAAGACUUAGUCAAGCAAUGGGCAAUAUAACAAUUGUUCAGAAAGGAGAACGUGACCUCAUCUCAGAUGGAGAAAAAGUGUUGGUAUGCAGCCAUGAAGGUAGUAACCGCCGCUGUGGAGGACAGGGAGAUCUCCUGGCUGGGUCUCUUGGAGUUUUGGUACACUGGGCAUUUCUUGCUGGACCCGAAAAAAUUAAUGGUCAAAACCCGUUCCUUGUGGCAGCCUUUGGUGCCUGCUCACUUACAAGACAAUGUAACCACCAAGCUUUCCAGAAACAUGGACGUUCAAUGACGACAGGCGACAUGAUUACUGAAGUUGGAACCGCUUUUAACAAACUCUUUGAAACCUGAUACUACUGAAGCCGAGCACUGAACAGUGGCCUGUGGACUGCUAACGAAUUAGAGAUGUACAUAGAGCCCCUUUCCUAAUGCUGUAGCAGUAUUUUAAACAUGCCAUACCGGCAUGCUCAAUUUUCAGUGUAGAAAACAAAAUGAGAAAAUACUGUAGAUUUAUUUAUUUUUUUUUUUUUUAAACCACUCAAACAUGGCAGGUGGAAUACAGAAGAAUCCUGAUUGAGACAAACGUCUACAACAAAAGUAAUUGAAAUAAAACAAGUGGGACUGGAUUUUGUUAAUUAUAUGAAAAAAAAGACUUUCCGGAAAGCAUUUUGGUAUUUUAGUUAGUACAUCGAAUAUUAAAUUUACUGAUUGAAAGUAGUUUAAUUGUAAGUCCCUAUACACAGAUUUGCACUAUAUGUAUUGUUUUAAUGAUUUAUUUAAUCCUUAAAAAACAAACAAACAAA